AUGAUGGAGGGCUUCCGUACUGAGGUCGUCGACUCGCACCUCAUUCCGUCGCUCAGGAAGCCAAUAGCGCAGAUCCUGUGGAUAGGCUGCUCGGACAGUGGGUGGGCAGAGACGCGGACACUGGAUCUGCUGCCGGAGGAGAUCAUCGUGCAUCGUAGUCCGGGAGAUCUGGUGUCGAAUAACGAUUUGAGCACGCUGAGUACGUUGGAGUAUGCUCUAGGGAUACUGAAGGUUGACCACAUUGUCAUCUGUGGCCACUACGGAUGUAGAUUGGUCAACACGCACGCCGACUCGAGCCCGCUAUGCGAGUGGUUAAGGUCCAUCUACCCUCCCCUCUCCCCAUCAUCCACCUACACUACGUACUCACAGCAGCAUAGCGACGUCAACGCCCUCUACAACGCUCACAGGCCCGAGCUCGAUGCCCUUCCCAUCUCCGCCGACCGCGACCGCCGCCUCGUCGAGCUACACGUCUGGGCCCAGACUCAAGUCCUCCUCGCACGGCCGGACAUCAUCAAAGCGCAGGCGGAGAGAGGUCUCAAGGUCCACGGAUUCGUGUACGACGACGCGAAAGACCAGUGUGUGGAUCUGAUAGCGGGAGGGAGCUACCAUCCAUCACGAGGCAUAAUGUCGGUGCUGUAG